AGAAAAAAGGAAAGGAAGAGAAACCAGAAACAAAGAAUAGAAAGAGAAGAGAGAGAAAAGAGAGAGAGAGGGAGAGAAGAGAAGGAAGAAAAAGAUGCUCAGGCGCCAGAAAUUGAAAUAAUUCUAAACGCAAACAUUAAUCAACCCAAGUGUUAACAGAAGAAUAAGAAAUAAUUAAAAUCUGACAAUAAAAGUAAAAAGAAACAAUUAAAUUACUAGAAAUUAACAAUUCGAUCCAAGAAAAACAAAGUGACAACUCAAACUGGUGAAUAAUUAAAAAAAAGAAUUUCCAAUUUUGUUGUUCCAUCGAACACCAGAUGUCGUUCGAUGUUCUUUUUGACACUUUUUUGGAAAAUUUUUUGUCUUUGUUUCUAAUAUUUGUGAAAAUGUUUUUGCUUGAAAGGGAUUUUAUUUAAUCUUUGUUUUAUAUAAUUGUUUGUUUAUUUUUCUAUUUAGUGAUAUUAUUUGAUGAACAUGAUGCCAAAUCAACAGGGUCCACAACAAGGACCACAAUCAACUCAAUUGAAAGUGACUGUCCAACAACAGCAACAACAAAUUCAUCAACAACUUCAACAGCAGCAGCAACAACAACAACAACAACAACAGUUAGUUCAACAUCAGCAACAAUUACAACAACCAGGGUCCCAAUCAUCUCAACAACAGUCACAAUCUCAACAGCCUACACAACCAUCACAAGCUAUUUAUUUACCUCAAUCGGUUGGUCCAUUGAUACCUCAACAGAUUAUGAUUCAACCAAAUACUCAUCCUUUUACUGCGAUGCCAAAUAGUGGGAAUCUCAUUCAAAUGGCACAAUUUGGCAAAAAGCCUGUCAUUUUACCCAAUGAUAUUAAAGGACCAAGAAGUAAAAUGCAGCUAAUUUCAUCAGGAGGUCCUCAUCUUCAAUCAAUUAACAAUUUUGUCACUGGUCAAUCGCCUCAAACUAUUGGUAAUCAAUAUUAUACAUUGCAAACCUUUCCAAGUCCAGGAGGACCAGUUCAACAAGUAAACUCUGCCACUUUAUUAUCUCCAAAUAAUCAACACCAAUACUUACUUCAAAGAUCAUCAGACCUUCAAUUUAUUGCUGUUUCAAAUAACGCUUUUCCAAAUCAGCAAAUUGUAAUGAAUGGUGUUCCAAUCUCAGUGGGUAACAAUGCUACUCCAGUCAUCUCAUUAGCAUCCAAUCACGCUCGCACUGCCACAAAAACGACUUCAUCAGGUCCAAACACUGGCCAACCAUGUUUGAUUGCUCCAGCCACCAAUAUAACAGCUCAAAAUACUAUACAAAGACUGAAAGCCAUUAAACCAGCAACAGAAAACAAUCGAACCUCGAUAGGAACCCAAACAGCUCCAGGACAAUCAAUUGUACAAGGAUCAUCAACACCGGUCGCUAUACCAAUCCACCUACCACAGCAACAAUUUCAACUUCAAUUAGCACCUCAACCACAUCCAGCGAAAAAAUCUUCAAAAAACAAUUUUGAUACAAUGACAACAGUUACUCUUGUCUCACAGCGUAACAAUACCAUCACUGGUAAUACCAACAACAACAACAUCAACAUCAACAAUAACAACAACAACAACACUCCAAUCAACAAUGUCACUCCCAAUAAUAUGAUCAACAAAUCAACAACUAAAAGUAAUAAAUUAACUACUACAAAUGCUCCAUUGAAAGAGAAAGUAAUUCAAUCUCCUAAAAAGAAAGCGACUACAACAGGUACUGAUACUGGUGAUUUAGUUGAUCAUUGUUCAGAGAGCAACAAUUUAACCAAUGGAGUUAAUAAAUCAACUGGUUCCAAAAGUCCUCAAAGAGCAAUCGUUAAACCUUAUAUUAAUGAUCCAAAUGUUUUAACUCAUGUAAUUGAUGGAUUUGUUAUCCAGGAAAGUCCAUCGCCAUUUGUAGUUAAUGCUGAUGGAUUAGAAGUUGGUUCAGACGAAACAAUAAUUGAUUCUAUUGAUGAGAGAGAAAAUAAGGAAGAUACGAUUAUGUUGGAUACUUCGGAUAAUAAUAAUUUGUCAACAGAAACUCAGACUAUUAAAACUAAACCUAAAGGUGAAUCUACUUGUGAAACUUGCAAGAAAACUAUAAGCAAGUUUAAUAAGAAAAAGAAAUUGAAACGUUUUUGUUCAAACGUUUGUGCCAAGAAAUCAAAUAACAAUUUGCACAAUAAUUCAAAUAAUAUCAAUAAUCGAGGUGAUGAAAUCAAUGGUGAUAUAAUAACUGAAUCAACCAAACAAUCAAGUCAACCGGCAUCUAAGAAGCUUAAAACCGAUGUGUCACCAAAUUGUAAAGUCACCGAAACAACUGAACCACUUGAUUCAAGUAUCGAUGGUGGUUAUAUCCCCCCAGGCGGUACCAAUCCUAAUCUAUGGAGUGUCCAAGAUGUUUAUGAUUUCGUCCGUCAUUUACCUGGAUGCCAAGAAUAUGCAGAUGAAUUUAAAUCACAGGAGAUCGAUGGUCAAGCGCUAAUGUUAUUGAAAGAAGACCAUCUAAUGUCCGCAAUGAGCAUGAAACUUGGACCCGCUUUGAAAAUCUGCUCGAGAAUAACAUCGCUGUUCAAAGCGGAGGCCAAUAAAUCUCAAGCUUGAAUCUUUUUUCCCUCUUCUUUUUUAUACUUUUAUUUUAGUGAAUUUCUUACUUAUCUGAUUGAGAAGAAAUUUAAUCAAUUUUUUCUCUUCUCUCUAAUUCCAGUUCUCUCUCUCUCUCUCUCUCUCUCUCUUCUUUCUUUCUUUCUUUCUUUCUUUCUUUCUUUCUUUCUUUCUAAGUAUCAAUUGAGUUCCCGUCAUCUUAUCCCCAAUAUAAUUUAUUGACCAUCGAUUCCAAUCCCUUAUAUAACUAUGGUUACAAUAAUCAGCUCUGUUAGUUUCAACAAUAUGAUUUAGAUAAUUUUUCUCGUCCAUAAAAUUCAAUAAUCAUCGAUACAUUAAUCAUCCUCAUCUCUAUGACCCAAGUCACCCCUGAAUUGCAUGAAAAUUGCUCAAUGUACAACAAUAUCAACUUUUAAUUGUACUAUCAUCCAAAUAUUAUCAUUAUAAUAUAAAUUAACUAAAAAAAUGAUAAUUCACUUCUUUUAAAUGAUCUAAUUUUGAAUACUUAAUCUAUUCCAUGAUGAUCAUGAUUCUUAAAAAUAAAGUAACAAUUUUCAAUAGAAA